AGCUCUCUGACUCACAAAUGAAGUUUCUGGGCACAUCAUCAUCAUAAUGUAAUAUAUAUAAUGAAGGUCGUGAAGCCUUAACGACUGUCUGUUAUUUCCAUACCGCCAAGUUCUCUUAAAGUAAAUCUCUUAAAAGAAUAUUUUCUUAGACACUAUGGAAAAGAACUUGCUUUAAAAUCGAAUUCAGUCUAAAUUUAGGGUUAAUUCGUGUAUGAUCAAAUAGAAUUAUUUUGACAUUAAACUUUGACUUAUCGUGUGCAUCUGGCUGUAAUCAAUUAUUACUGCUGGAACGUUGUGAAAAAUUAUUCCGCAUUUUCCAGUGGUGCUUGCACUAAUCAUUAAUGAAUAGUAGUUCCAAUAUCCACAAAAGAUAUUUCACGCCUUGGUAAAAUGAUAGGAGUUAGUAAUAUGACCAAAAUCUCGGCAUAGGUUUUCGCUGCAAGCGUAAAGGCUAACGAAAAACGCCACUUACUUAGCGGAUAUAGAUGGAUAUAUAAAAUAUCCGAAGGGUUUAAUGAACCUCAGUUUAUUAUCAAAGUAAUACAUGAAAACUGGGUAAACCAAUCUUCAAAAUAUUGUUCUUACAUAUUAAAUCCCUGUAGCUAUUAAUUCUAACAGUUAGGUAGAUAUCGCUGCAAGCUAUGGAGGUUAUAUAUGGCAUUAGUUAAAAAGCUAAAUGUUUUUUUUACCAGAUUAUAUCGCCGGACACGGUGUAUUCUACGUGAAGCACAUUCGCGAUUGCAUGUCUCUAUCUCGCAUUUUAAAUGAUACGUACGGAUGGUCAAGCUUGCGUAAGCUAUGCUGAGACUAACUACUCGUUGCCUUAAUAUUACUGAUGCCAUUCAUACCAAUUUGGCCUUUAUCUAAGCAAAGUCUUUGUAAGUAUCAUGUAUUCGAUAAAACGAAACGAAUGAAGAUUAAACGAAAGUCACCUUGCAAAUUAAGAAAAGAGACAGCUUUAGACUACUUUUGACUAAUUUUGUCUUUCCCUUAUAUUUUCAUUUAUUUAUUAGGUUUGUUUAUUUGAGCCCUAAAUAAAAUUUUAAAAAAAAUUUGAGCCCGGGUAUCCGCCGGAAGUCAGUUAUGAGAAGACGAGCAAUAAAUUCACAAUGUGUGUAUGGUAUGAUUGCCCGUUAUAAUAUUAUACGGGCAAUCUUAGAUUUGUUUGUCAAGCAAUUAUAUUCGCAGUAUAUUCGCGUGUCUACAGGGCGGUCACAAAACGGUUAAAAACAGUUAGCUGGAUGGGAGACCGACAGCCUGCGCAAUUAUUAUUUUUAUUAUUAAAAUAGAUGUAGGACAAAAAUAAUCCCAUACAUUUCAAAUAUAAAAAAUGCCUCCAGCUUUAGGUAAAUAGAAACUGCAAGUCUAUGCAUUUGAAUCCUCCUCUCUUUCUAGCGGGUAGAAUAGCGGUGCAUAUUCAAAAAAAACGCGCGCACUUAAACAACCUGAGAGCAGGUACAUUAAACUCAAUACUCUAUUAGGUUGAGACUGCCUGUCUUUAUGCUUAGAUUUAAGCGCAUUAACAGCAGCAGGUGCUGCAGCUAGAUUACAAAGUUGUAAUUUCACGUUGUUUUGAAUACCGAAGCCACUCUUAGAGUGGGAGCUGAGACGCAGACGAUAGGUUGAUAGUCGCUUUGGUUAGUGGUUACAUUACAAAAAGCUCAACAAUAUCACAUCGACAUAUAGGACCCAUUCUUUACGUCGCGAAAUCGUGUGAACAACACUUAAUACGUCGUACAUAAAAUCACAUAAAACCUCAUCAAAAAUAAAGCAAGUAACAGGAAAACCUCUGCAGCGCAAUACACAAUGGUCAGUACGUCUAUGCGGCCCAUUAAUAUUACUUUCGUUAAUAAUUACUGCAAGGAGUUCGACAAUCUGAAGCUUGACGAAGACCGUUAUCUCAAUGCGGUUGGACGGCCUAUAGGAUUCCAAUCGGAUGCUAGAUUAUCGAGGCAGCUUGCCUAUGUUUUGAGACAUGGCGGUAACAGUGACGGCUUCGAGCUCCAACCAGGAGGUUUCAUUGAUGUGGAGAAAUUAUUGAAACAUCGACGUUUUCGUGACAAAUGCAACGUAGAAGAUCUCAGACGAAUCGUCGCCCAGGACGCAAAACAGCGUUACCUACUCAGGCAGGAUCCCCACACGGGUGUCUUACAAAUCCGUGCUAACCAUGGGCACACAAUUCCGGUCGAAGAUGACGGCACGCUUCUACAGAAAAUCACAAGGGAACAUGGAAUCACAGAAGCUACUCAUAGAACUUCUUCGAGCGCGUGGAUGGCCAUCCGGCGCGAGGGUUUGAGUCGUAUGAGGCGAAACCACAUUCACAUGGUGCCCGACGGGAAGGCCGACCUGUCUAACCCGCAUCUAGCCAGCAAACGACAAAACUUACAGAUUUUGAUUGUCGUCAACGUAUGGCACGCAAUGUUUGACGGCAUCGAAUUUUUUCGCUCGAGAAAUGGUAUUUUACUAUCCCCUGGUGACAGUAGAGGGUUCAUUUCUCCUAUGUAUUUUAAACGGGUGAUUAACGUUAGAACCGGUGAAAAUUUGCUAGAGAAGCCACUGUCGACGGUUGUUCGUGGUGGCGGAGGCCCAACAUCAAGUACGAUAUGUAACCAACAACAAAAGCCAUUAGAAACAAAACGAACGGUUGCGAAACAGCCGUUCCCUAAAGGUAAAGGACGAAAACUUCUAGAUACUAGCGAUAAAAAGUCCAGGUGCACGAGUUAAUUCAUGCUUUCUUGUAGCGAAUUAUUAUACGUGUUGUAUAAAUUGUAAACUGCUUCAAUUUAUUCUAGAAGCGCGAUAUCCUCACGCCAACA